CCCUGUGGCUGCUCUCCUCCUUGCACCCCUUCGGCGGCUGCGGAAGGGCUGGAAAAAUGGCGGCUCCGGGGGCGAGCGGGCCGGGCUCUGCUUCCAACCCGCGCAAGUUCAGCGAGAAGAUCGCGCUGCAGCGCCAGAGGCAGGCGGAGGAGACGGCAGCCUUCGAGGAAGUCAUGAUGGACAUCGGCUCCACCCGGCUCCAGGUGCAGAAGCUGCAGAUGACGCACAUGAGAGGCUCCUACUACGGCGGCUCCCUCCCCAACGUCAACCAGAUGAGCAGCGGCGCCUCCGACUUCCAGGGCCCCCCGCAGUCACAGCUGGAUGCCCGGAGCACCCGUCAUGGCGGAUUGGUGGAGAGAGUCCACCACAGAGACCCCCGCCGGAUGGUGUCGCCGCUGCGCCGCUACAUGCGCCAGGUGGACAGUUCUCCGUACGGCGCCUCUUAUCUCUCCCCGCAGCCGGAGUCGUCCUGGAGAAGGACCUUGCCCUGGGGCGCCUACCCCUCGGACACAGGACAGCUGUUUAGGCUGCCGAGCGCUUUAAACAGAACAAACUCCGAUUCUGCCCUGCACACAAGUGUGAUGAACCCGGCCCCGCAGGAGCCGUACCCCGGACCACCACAGGGGGGCCCCACUGCCUCCCGCAGGACUGGCUUCCCGUUCGGUGUCCCGGCCAUAGAGGAGUCUCAGGCGGACGGCGCGCGGUUGCUGAGUCCAUGUGACGCCAGAAAAAUGCCCGCCGCCUCCCCGCGCCCCAAGUCCUGUGAGGUCCCCGGGAUUAACAUUUACCCCUCGGUGGAUCAGCCGUCCUGCACCCCCCCGGUGCCCUCUGUACUGAAUACUGGGGGGUCCUUGCCGGACCUGACCAGCCUGCACUUCCCCUCCCCCCUCCCCACCCCCCUGGACCCGGACGAGUCUGGAUUCAGCAGCCUGAGUGGCGGGAGCAGCACUGGGAACCUCGCCAGCACCAUGACCCACCUGGGCAUCAGCAGGAUCGGGCUGCCCCCCGGGUAUGACUCAGGUUUCCCGUCCGCUGUGCCGAACCCUCUGAGCCGCCAGUCCCUGCAGUCAUCGCUGAGUAACCCGAACCUGCAGACCUCGCUCAGCAGCGCCUCCCUCCAGACCUCCUACAGUAACCCGUCCCUGCAGUCCUCGCUCAGCAGCCAGUCCCUGCCCUCCUCCCUCAGUAACCAGUCGCUCUCGCCCUCGGCCAGCAGCCACAGCCUGCCAUCCGCCUACAGCAGCCCGUCCUCUCCAUCCUCCUCCUUCCCUCCGCUGGCCUCUCUGAACACCUCCCCUCGGCGCAGGGUCCCGCUCAGCCCCCUGACAUUGCCAAUGGCCGCAGACUCCAGGAGGCCUCACCAGAAGCAGUUCUCGCCGACCAUGUCCCCCACGCUGACGUCCAUCACCCAGGGGGUCCCACUGGACACCAGCAGAUUUCCCACCGAGCAGAGACUGCCACCUUAUCAUUAUAGUCACCCAAAUUUUCUGCACCAGUCCCAGCAGCGUGUGCACCAGUCCCACCAGUCGGCACAGGAUUCCCAGCAGCCUCUGCACCAGUCCCAGCAGAGUGUGCACCAGUCCCACCAGUUGGCACAGGACUCCCAGCAGCCUCUGCACCAGUUUGCACAGGACUCCCAGCAGCCUCUGCACCAGUUUGCACAGGACUCCCAGCAGCCUCUGCACCAGUUUGCACAGGACUCCCAGCAGCCUCUGCACCAGUUUGCACAGGACUCCCGGCAGCCUCUGCACCAGUCGGCACAGGACUCCCGGCAGCCUCUGCACCAGUCUGCACAGGACUCCCGGCAGCCUCUGCACCAGUCGGCACAGGACUCCCGGCAGCCUCUGCACCAGUCUGCACAGGACUCCCGGCAUCCUCUGCACCAGUCUGCACAGGACUCCCGGCAGCCUCUGCACCAGUCUGCACAGGACUCCCGGCAUCCUCUGCACCAGUCUGCACAGGGCUCCCAGCAGCCUCUGCACCAGUCUGCACAGGACUCCCGGCAGCCUCUGCACCAGUCUGCACAGGACUCCCGGCAGCCUCUGCACCAGUCUGCACAGGACUCCCGGCAUCCUCUGCACCAGUCUGCACAGGACUCCCGGCAGCCUCUGCACCAGUCUGCACAGGACUCCCGGCAUCCUCUGCACCAGUCUGCACAGGGCUCCCAGCAGCCUCUGCACCAGUUGGCACAGGACUCCCGGCAGCCUCUGCACCAGUUGGCACAGGACUCCCAGCAGCCUCUGCACCAGUCCCAGCACGCUAUACAGGAAGGCCAGUCAUCAUUACACCAAUCCCAGCAGUCCCACAACCCCCAGCCAUCGCAGCAAGCCCCCCAGUCCCUGGACCCACGAGGACAGCCCUUUCUGGCGGAGGUUUCCCAGAAGCCUUUGCCACAAACCUCUCAGAGAAAGAAUCAUACCGUUAUGUCAGGCAUGCCGCCCUACGCGUUCCCGCAGCACGCGGGAGGACCCUUCUACCAGCCGUCCCUGGGGGACUACAAUUCUCUGCUCAGCAGUCUCUUCGAUGACUGUGAUCUACAGCUCUCAGCCCAGCAUGCCAGCCGCCUGUCACAGGAGUUUGAGCAGUGCAAUAUGGUGGAGGGCGACCGCCUGGGCCUGAGCGGCAGCUGCUUUCCUGGGGAGUAUCCUCCGGUGCAGAACUCCUCGCAGUCCCUGAAGAAAGUCCACAACUGCAGCCACCACGACCCCAUCCCCAACAUCAUCCUGACAGCUGUAGACUCCCCUCCCGGCUUCUCCAAGGAGAUCACCAGCGCGCUGUCCGCUGUGCCCGGCUUCGAGAUGGACCCGUCUCUGGAGGAAGAUCUGAACAUCGAGCCCCUCACUCUGGACGGACUGCAUAUGCUCAGCGACCCCUACGCCCCCCUGACGGACCCCCUGGUGGAGGACUCCUUCCGCUCCGACCGGCUGCAGUGAGGGGCUCCUGCCGUGUCCGCCCCGUCGGCAGGACCUUCCUAUUCUCUGAGCCCCUGAUCUUAUAUUUUAUUAUAAAUAAAUAAAAUGUAAUUGAAAGAAUAUUCCGGAAAUCUCCGGCACCUCGGAGGAUGACCCCUACAUUCCCUGCGGCAGGUCUGCCCCGAUGACUAUUUUCCGGUAUCCACAAGUAUGGCCGCCCCGCCGUGACUUUGAGCCAUUUCUUCGUGGUCAGUGGCGGUCCACAGACUUGUGUUGUGCACUGUGCCUUUAACGUGAGCGCUCCUACCGCAGUGUUCCUGACGCCCGACUUUUCUAUAUUUCUUAUUGUUUUUUUAGGUAAAACUUAUUUAUUGACCCCCGAUUUUGCAGACGCGGGGGCGAGACGGGAGGCGAUCCGCCCCUCAUCCGUUUCCUUUUCUAAACUGUGCUGUAUAGAUAUGUAUAUAUUUGUAUGGAAAACGUACUUUUUAUAAGAUAGCAAAAAUAAAUGCGAAAACUGCUGA